AAUGGAGCCAGCUUCAAAAAUUCAAACUCCAAGCUCAUUGGCUAAGUUAGAUUCUAAACUUCUAAAAACAAGGAAAGAUGUUAAAAUUCCUUCUAAAUCUGGCGGACCAUCACCAAAGUCAAAGGUGUCCAAACCUACGACAGUCUCAAGGGUCAGAAAGACCAAGGCUAGCUCUCUUGAAGAGUCUAAAGAUGUGCCAGUUUGUUCUAGUCAAAAAAUGAUAAAAAUUUCAUGGUUCUUCUGUAAUCCUGAAGAUGAAAUAAUGGCCCCUUCGGCUCUUCCUAAAGGCAAGUUUGGGCUGUGCUAUUGCCCAGGGAAGAAAAUAAAGAUGGGAAGAGAUGGAAGAGUUCAUGACCGAGAUUUGGUGAAAGAUCUCACAAUGUUCAGACAGCUAGAAUCAAAUCCAGUGACUAUGAUAGUCUGCUUACUAAGUGACUAUGAGCUGAAGAGCAUUGGAGUGCAGGUUAAAGGCAUGUGUUUUCCUAAAAUUUAGAAUACAGCCAAUUCUGUGAAGACUUAGACAUAAAGUUCAUUCAAUACCCUAUUAUAGAGAUGCGUGUACCCGAAGAAACUGAGUGGAUGCAGGAUCUCAUAAAUCACCUCGGUGAAGGAAAUAACCUCCUAAUACAUUGCCGAGGAGGUAAUGGAAGAGCAGGGACAGUGGCAGGAUGCCUCCUGGCUCAUUACUACUUCUGUCAGACUGGUCUAGAUCCUUCCUCCUUUACUCAGAAGUUUUUAGCUAGACUUGGUAGGAAUGUCAUUGCUCAUGUGAGGAAAAUCAGAGGUUCCCGAGCUAUUGAGUGUAGUCGGCAAGAAGACUUUGUCAAAAAAUCUGUUGUCAACGAAGCAAAUGAAUACAAGCAUUAAGAAGUCAGAGACCGAGCUGGAUGCAAUAUCUUUGAAAGAAACUUUCAAUAUUUUC